CAUCCACUGAAUCUCACCACAUAUAAUGUCCCCGACAGACCUACACACAACUCCUUUUAAAAUAUAAUACUGUAUAAACGGAAAAGUAAUAAAAUUGCACUAUAAAUACCCCAACAACUGAAGAAAGUCGAAUUCGUAACGGAAGUUGUGUUAGAAGUUCAGAUAUACAGUACAAGAACAUUCUUCUCGCCGCAAAACUUAAUACAGUAAAACCACUGGACAAUAUGAACCGAGUGUUCCUUAUAACAAUUAUAAUCACACUCAUCAUUGGAGCAACACUUGCCAGUGCAUACCAGGGUGUCCUAACAAAACUUCUACGAAACAAACACAAAAUGGAGGAAAAGCGGCUGGAUAAAGGAGAGCAACUGAUUCAUUACAGUCAGUGUAAUCUCCAAGGGAGUUGGAUAAACGAGCUCAAUUCAACAGUUAACAUUACUGUGACGGAAAAGGGUCAAUUGAUUGGAGAAUACCAUACAGCAGUUACAUCAGGAGGUGGUCCUGGGGUUACUUUUCCACUUAUGGGGCUAACUUCGCCAGGGGAAUCAUAUCGUACCUUUGGCUUCACUGUGAAUUGGCAUUAUUUCAAAUCAACUACAAGCUGGACUGGCCAAUGCUAUACUGACUGCACUGGAGAACAAGAAGUGUUGAUAACCACCUGGAUUCUUACAAGUGAAAAGUCUACCUGUGGCGAUGAUUGGGAGGCAAACUUGGUUGGCAAAGAUGUGUUUACCCGAUACAAACCAGGCACCACUCAAACACCAUCAUAAACUACCAUUUAGGAAGUUUGGUCAAAUCAGCUUGCAAGCUACUGUUUUGGUGACGGUUUUAAUACAACAAUAAGCGGUUUUUUAAUUAAGAUUAAUAUUAUUAAUAUACUAUGUCUACUGAGAACACAUCGCUUAAUAGUCAAGUGCCAUUAUGUAGGCAGCGUCUGACGUCAUAGACUCAUACAUAGGCCUAUAUAAGGCCUACUCAAAAAAUGUGUUCUAUUCAGUCAAAUUCAUUAAAAAAUACAUUAUUUUAGUUGCUGUAGGCAUUGUGGUGUUGGGGUUGGGGGUUUUUUUUAAUCUCAAAGUAAGCGUUAGUUAGUUACACAUCACAUUACCGAAGUGGCUUAGCCUACUUCAUGCUUGAAUUACGAAAAAAAUAUUUAACUACACAAAUAUGCUUUUAUCUUUCUGUUUAAAGCAACACUUCACCUAAUAGGCAUGGCGUUAUGUGUAUCAUGUAGGUCUAAUUUUAGACUUCUGUCAUUUUAUAACAUUAAUUAAUUAAUUAAGAUACAUACAGACCUAAGACCUACUCAAAAUGUU